GAGAGCAAAUUCAUGGUCUUCGUCGAAGACCAAGCCCUCACCUUUUUCCGUGUUAUGGAUCCGUCGUCUCCCCCAAAUCCUAACCCCUCCUCGCGCUUCCUCUUCCCGUCUAUCUACCUGCGAUUCUCAAUCUCCGCUCGCCAUCUUCGACUCCCAGACCUUUUUCUGUUACACCAAAAAGGAUGUUAGAGAAGAUUGGGUUGCCAGCAAAACCCUCAAUGCGAGGAGGAAGUUGGGUGGUUGAUGCAUCCCAUUGUCAGGGUUGUUCAUCGCAGUUCACCUUUAUAAACAGAAAGCAUCAUUGCCGCAGAUGUGGAGGCAUUUUCUGUAACAACUGCACUCAGCAGAGAAUGAUUUUACGUGGACAAGGGGAUGCACCAGUCCGAAUAUGCGAUCCUUGUAAAAAGAUAGAGGAAGCUGCUCGAUUUGAAUUGAGAUAUGGAAAUAAAAAAAGAACUUCAAAGGUUAAUACAAAACAGGCCCUGCAUGAGGAUGAAAUUCUUAGCCAGAUCCUUGGAACUGAUGGGAAACAACAAUCACAACAUGAAGUAGACCAUGUUGCAAGCCUUGUCCUUGAGAGCGUAUCAGGCAGUUCAUCCUUCUCUAGUGUUGGAGAAAUAUCUGCUGCCUCAGGCAAGGAAGCUGAUAUUCUUCGAACCGCAUCCGUUGAUGUGCACAACCAUAGUACUUUGGAUGUGUCGCUAGGUAACCCAGAGGAAUUACGUCAAAAAGCAGUUGAAGAGAAGAAAAGGCAUAAAAUAUUGAAGGCAGAAGGAAAAUCUGAGGAAGCACUUCAGGCUUUUAAACGUGGUAAAGAACUUGAAAGGCAAGCUGGAGCUUUGGAAAUUGCACAAAGAAAGAAUAGACGAAUGGCAUCAAGAGCAAUACAUGCUGUUGGUAUCCAAAAAAUUGAUGGUCAUGAAGAGUCUGCUGCGGCACCAAAACUAAGCUCCCGAAGGGGUAGAGAUGCAAAGGAUGAUCUCACUUUGGAACUUAGAGAGUUAGGAUGGUCUGAUGCAGAUGUGCGCGAAUCUGAUAAGAAAUCAGCAAAGCUUAGUCUGGAGGGAGAGCUGUCGAAUAUUCUAGCAGAAACCAUUCAAAGGCCUUCUCAAGGUUCCAAAAUAGGUGGUGGUGUAGAUAGGUCUGAGGUUAUUGCUCUUAAGAAAAAGGCACUGUUAUUGAAGAGAGAAGGUAAACUUGCUGAAGCAAAGGAGGAGUUAAAGAAGGCUAAAAUACUAGAGAAGCAAAUCGAAGAACAAGAACUUUUGGGAGGUGCUGGAGAUUCUGAUGAUGAGCUCUAUGCUCUAAUCAACAGCAUGGAUGAUGACAAGCAAGAGGAGUUAGAAAUCGGACAUGCACCAAGAGUUGAGUUCGGACUCAACACUUUUCUGUCAGAUGAUCUCCCUAAUGAUGGUAAUUUUCAGGUGACUGAGGAUGAUAUGCAUGAUCCAGAAAUGGCAGCCGCCUUAAAAUCAUUUGGUUGGUCUGAAGAGGAGGAAGAACCACUAGCUGGUCAAGGUGAAAAGUCUGUUGCUUUUGAUAUUCAAUCAAUGCAAAACCAAGUGCUUACUCUGAAAAGAGAGGCACUCAACCAAAAACGAGCUGGCAAUGUUUCAGAAGCCAUGGAGCUUCUAAAGAAAGCUAAACUACUUGAGAAGGAUUUGGAGAGUCUUCAACCUAGCUCUGCAAAGCUUUCAUCUGAACUUAAACUUGAGAGUGCUAGCCCUCAUGUUGACGCAGCUGCAAUUCAAUCAGUUGAAAAGCAAAAUGUUGAUGAAACAUUAACCUCUCCUUUUAAGCCACCACCGAAAAGUAAGAUAAUGAUUCAGAAAGAACUCUUGGCUUUGAAGAAAGCAGCACUCUCAUUGAGAAGGGAAGGUAGAAUGGAUGAGGCUGAUGAGACAUUAAAAAAAGGAAAGUUUUUAGAGAAACAAUUAGAAGAAAUGGAAAGUGCGCCCAAAAAGCUUGUAGAAGAAACUACAAAAGGGAAUAUUUUUGAACAACAGGAAAAUCUUGAAAUUGAUCCCAGGAGAGCUGUGCAUAAGGUGGGAGGCAAGAAUAUGUUGGACUUCACCCCCCUUCAUGAGGGUGAUGAUAGGAGCUUGGAUCUCAGAGAGGAACUAUUUGAAAAUGACGUAACAGAGCAAGAUAUGCACGAUCCUGCAAUGUUGUCCCUUCUGAAGAACUUGGGUUGGAGUGAGGAUGAUAAUUCUGAAUCUGCAAGCAUGAUGAAUACAACCACGAAAAACAUGUCUAAAACCAAUAAUGCCCCUCUUGUAAGCCAUCCUAAGCCUAAGAGAAGUAAGGCUGAUAUUCAGAGAGAAUUGUUGGCCAUAAAAAGAAAAUCUUUGGCUUUGAGACGCCAAGGAAAGACUGAGGAGGCUGAGGAAGAACUGGAAAAAGCAAAAGCUUUGGAAAGCCAAAUUUCUGAAAUGGAAGUUCCAACUAAUGCCAACUUCAUGACAGUGGAUUCAGAUGGUUCUGGAGUUCUGAUUCCUCAAAAGAUCUCUAGCAGAGAGCAGGCUUCUGGUGAUGAGCAAAUUUCCUUUGGUAGUCUAGUACCAUCAUCAACAUCGAAAAGAAUAUCAAAGGAUGGAUCUGUUCAAGUAGUGAAUGACUCUGACAUUGAUUUUGCAGGAUCGCAAACUCAGACCUCUAUAGAAAAAUUAAGUCUGACAUUUGAUGAAAGUCCUGUUAGAACCCAUUUGCAUCAGUCGCAACAAACUAAAGACAUGCUACAAUUGCUUUCCAACAAAGGCGAUGAAACCUUGCACUCAUUGCUAGGUCAUCCAGUGAAAAGCAAUGACACAGAUGUCAAAGUUUCACCGGUUAAGUCAGAUAGUGAGGGUGUUUUCAAAGAGAAAAUCAGCAAUGAGGAAUCGGAUUCCAUUUUAAUUAGUAGCUUCAGAUCACAAGAGCAGAAGUUAGCUCAUGGUGUUGAUGCUCUUAAGGAUGAGAUUCUUUCACGCAAGAGAAAGGCUGUUGCACUAAAAAGAGAGGGGAAGUUAGUAGAAGCCAGGGAGGAACUUAGACAGGCAAAACUCUUGGAAAAGAACUUGGAAGAUAGUCAGCAAUCCAUUUCAGUCCAAGAGGAAGCUUCAAGAUCUACUUCUGACAAUACUUCUAUCAGGAAGGAGAACAAAUCUAGCCCAUCAGAGAAACCACCAUCUGGCCGUGAUCGUUUUAAAAUUCAACAGGAGUCCCUUUCUCACAAGCGUAAUGCUCUCAAGUUACGCAGAGAGGGAAAGACCGACGAAGCAGAGGCAGAACUUGAAUUAGCAAAGGCUCUAGAAAAGCAACUGGAAGAAUUUGAGCAAGGUUCAACUGCUGCUAACGUGCCCGACAGCAUGUCACAAGUGACGGAUGAUGUAGUUGUGGAGGAUCUAUUUGAUCCUCAACUUAUGUCUGCCCUUAAAGCUAUAGGUUUGCAAGGUACAAUUGCCACAACCAGCCAACCACAUAAGAAAACUGAACCACAUGCAAGUUUUGACAGCAGUAACAGGAAACAACACAAAGGGAAAGCUGAUCUGGAAGAGCAAAUCAAGGCUGAAAAACUCCAAGCACUCAAUUUUAAACGACAGGGUAAGCAAGCAGAAGCCCUGGAGUCUCUUCGGGUAGCCAAACGUCUUGAGAUAAAACUUGCUUCUUUGGCGCAGCAUUCCAACUGAGAACAAUUCCAGUGCAUGCUCCUCGCUGGGUGGGUGCCAGUAAAUAAGUGUAGGAAGGAUUUUGGCAGAUGUAAAUUCUCUGCAAACAUGUAUGAAAACUGUGCCAAGGAGUAAGAUAAAUUGCAGAAAUGUAUGAAUUGAAUCAUUCUCCAAGUACUUUUAUGAUAUGUUUCAUUCUCCAAACCAAAAAAGACAUGAAAUUAAGUGAUUGUUCAUGGCA